GGCCCAAUCAGGAACAAGUGGGCGUGACCAGAGGAUUAAUACGGAAUCAAGCUGUGUUAUUGAACUGGUUAUCUUACAUUAAUAUAAUAUUCCCAGAAUAACGCAGUAUUGUCGCAAUGGUUUCGCACUCGCUGGCUUUGCCCAUGAUCUGCUUUACCACGCUGUGGGGUCUGGUCGGGAUUGUCGCCCCGUUUUUUGUCCCGAAAGGACCAAACAGAGGGGUUAUCAUAACCAGUUUGGUGCUGACCGCCGUUUGCUGCUAUUUAUUUUGGUUAGUAGCAAUACUAGCCCAAGCAAACCCUCUAUUCGGGCCUCAGCUUAAAAAUGAGACCAUCUGGUAUCUGCGGUACUUCUGGGAGUAGACGGAGGUGUCGUUUGGAAGAUUCAGAAUAUUUAUCUCAACUGGCUUUACUAUUACAGUCAAUAAUCCCACGAAACAGUGGAGGAUCUACUUAAAGGGAACAAUCUUUGUGUUAUGAAACAAGAUUAAACAACAGUUACGAUGUGUUACUUAACGUAAUGAAUCAAAUAUUUGGAAAAUACUACUGAAAUGAUGUAAAAAUAGGGAUAUUAUUGUGAUGUGUGAAGAAUUAUGAAGAAAUCUAUUUGUCUGAGAGUAAUCUUGACUACUUUAUGAAUGGUUUUUGUUUAGUUAAGCAUAUAUGUUGAAGAAUGUGUGACUUUAACCUGUUUUUAUUAUGUUGUCCUCACCUGCAUGUAUCCACUUUUACUUGUUAAAAUUAUUUUCGUAUUAUGGUUUUUAUUUAUUUAAUUUUUUUGUAUGUGAAUGGCGUCCUAUUGAUGUUUUCUGUCAUCAGGUGUAGAAUUUGAAGCUGUGUUUAUGAAAAACCAGGAAACUCUUAAGAAAAUAAAGCGGAGCAUUGAAGUGAA